AUGGAUGGUAUUAUAACGGUACAUGAACCCGAUACAAAGUGGUACAAGAUAUUCUUAUUUGCAUCUAUAGGAGGAUUAUUUCAAAUCAAUUCAUGUGAAUAUAAUGCUGUGGAAGAUUUAUGGUAUAUUAAAGUUCAUGCAACUGAUCAAAGUGAUGAUUUAAUUGCUGAAUAUAUCGAAUAUCAAAAGGAAAAGAUGACUGAAUCAAAUAUUAUAUUAUUCUUUGGUAAUUUACUGAUCGAAAUGGGUGAAUAUGAUAAAGCUCAACGAUAUUUUGAUACAAUUCUUAGUUCAUCAAAUCCAAAUGAUGAAGAAAUUGCUUGUAUAUUUUAUAAUUUUGGUCGUAUACAUCGUUUUCUAGGUAAUUUUUAUCGUACAAUAAAUUCUUAUACGCGUGCAUAUCAAUUACAUAUGAAUGCUCGAUCAAAGCAUAUAGCAAGUGCUGGUAAAACAUUAAAUGAACUCGGACUUCUUUAUUUUGCACAACGUAAUGAGAUCAAGGCUGCAGAAUGUUUUAAACGUGCUAUGCAUUUAUAUAAAAAAAAUAUACUAAGAAAACAUAUUGACGUUGCUGGAACAUUAAUUAAUUUAUGUAAUCUUGAUUGCAGUCGACAAAAUUUUGAACAAGCAUUGAAUAAAUAUCAACAAGCAAAGGAAAUUUAUGAUAAUUCUCUUCCGUUACUUCAUCCAAAUCGAGCAUUACUAAGAGUUAAUUUAGGUAAUAUUCAUUUGACAGCUGGAAAUUAUCAAAUGGCUCUUGAAGACUAUGAAGCGGCAUUAAAAUUACAAGAAGCAUCAUUACCAUCUAAUCAUCCAUAUGUCGCUCGAACAUUACAUAAUUUAGCGAUUGUUCAUACACAUCAAGGAAAUAAGGACAAAGCAAAAAAUAUUUAG